AUGGCUCUGAUAGAACUUGUCUACAUUUCGCCAGUGUGUUUGGCCAUUUCUAGUAAUUUUUUGUACAUCAUGGAUAUCUUUGCUUUUAUAUUUUUUCUCGGCAUAGUUUCGUCCAAGAUUGCUUCCUCAAACGCCAAUGGAAAUGCAGGCACUUUUAAUGUCUUAGAGUAUGGAGCAAUCGGGGAUGGCUAUAAAGACGAUACUCAAGCAUUUCUCAAGGCGUGGAAUGCCGCAUGUAGCACAACAAAUGGAACUCCCAAGUUAGUCGUUCCUAAAAAGAAGACAUUUUUGUUAAUUCCAGCGAUGUUUAGCGGUCCAUGCAAGGCUAAGAAAAUUGAUUUUAUGAUUUCGGGAAAAAUUGUGGCACCAUCCUCACCAUCUGUAUGGAAGGGGCGUGAUGCGAGUCAAUGGCUAGGAUUCAGUGGUGUAAGUGGCCUCAAUGUCUAUGGUUCAGGCACGAUUGAUGGACAGGGCAAAGGUUGGUGGGAUCAAUCUUGCAGAUAUCAUCCUGACUUGCAAGGAUGCACUAAACUGGCACCAACUACCUUAAAGUUUCUUUCGGCCAACGACAUCAGCCUCAGCAACAUUGAUUUCACUAACAGUCCACAAACUCAUGUCCUCGUAAUGGGAUGCAAUAGGAUGAGCGUUCAAAAUGUGAUGAUCCAAUCUCCUGGAGAUAGUCCUAACACUGAUGGCAUUCACAUCCAUGCCUCUCAUAACAUAAGUGUCAUUCAGUCCAAAAUAGAAAGUGGAGAUGAUUGUAUUUCUAUUGGAGAUUACAUUUCUAACCUAUACAUAUCCAAUAUUGAAUGUGGACCUGGUCAUGGAAUAAGCAUUGGAAGCUUAGGUUUGGGAGGUAAUUUUGUACAAGUAGAGAACAUUCAUGUGAAAAAUGUCUCCUUGAAGGGAACUACCAAUGGAGCUCGGAUCAAAACAUAUCAGGUUGGAAAAGGAUACGUCCGAAAUGUCACAUUUGAGGACAUUAAAUUUGAUUCCGUGGAUAACCCAAUAAUCAUUGAUCAGAAUUACUGCGGAGUUAGGGGUACAUGCAAAGAAUUGCCAACUGGAGUUCACAUAAGCGACGUGACCUACAAGGGCUUGUAUGGAACAUCGACCACCGAAGUAGCUAUCAAUCUCAACUGCAGCCGAUCAGUGUCGUGCACUGGCAUAUCAUUGGAGUCCAUAAAACUUACCUCUGCCAAAGCUGGAAAGCAAGCCACUGCGAAUUGUGCUAAUGCUCGUGGCAAAGAAACAGGAGUGCUACCUGGCCUGUGUCUGAGAAACUGA